CGUAUACACCGUCAUUAGCCCAAUACACAACAAAACGAUAUCGUUCGGAAUCAUAACAAAGGUUCCAUAAUUCCGUUACCCUAUUGGGAUUGGGGACGUUCCCUCAUGAACCACACUCAGGUGUCCAGGUUUCUCCUUAACAAGCGAAGAACGUGAACAAUAUUUGCAGAACUUAAUCGUUAUCCUUCAUAUAAUCAAGGGCCAUCUUAAAUGUCAGGGAGAAAGCGUUAUCCUCGUGGGCCCUAUGACAACCGGCAUGGGCAUCUCCGAGGAGUGGCUCCAUCACGGGGCCCUAUGCCACGUCAUCCUGCCAUGUUGGCGGAGGAACUUGAAAUGCAACAUCAUGAAAUCCGCAGACUUUUGGGUGAAAAUAGGCGCUUAGCUGAGGAUCGAAUUGCUCUGCAACAAGAGUUGGGUGAUGCCAGAGAGGAACUUAGGCGAAUGAAUAUUGCAAUUUCUGAUAUUCAAGAAGAUAAUGAAAUAUACUCAAAACAGCUUAUUGAAAACAAUUUGAAACUAGAAGCUGAUUUACUUGCCACUGAACCUAUAAAAAACGAGGCUUCACAACUCCAUGUGGAAAUUGAGAGGCUCAAUUCAUUAAGGCAUGAUUUAUCUGGGCAAGUUCAGAUUCUCAAGAAAGACCUUGCAAAAUUUCAAGGAGAUAACAAGCAUCUUCCGGGUUUAAGAGCAGAGCAUGAAGGACUUCACAAUGAGCUUAUGCAUGCUAGAGCUGCUAUUGAUUAUGAGAAGAAAGGAAGUAUAGAGAUGAUGGAACAAAGACAAGCUAUGGAGAAGAAUUUGGUUUCCAUGGCGCGUGAAGUUGAAAAGCUUCGUGCAGAACUUACAAAUACUGAUGUUGGAUCAUGGGGUGCUGGUGGGUCAUAUGGGAUGAAAUUUGGCAGUUCAGAUGGUCAUUUUCCUCCUCCUUAUGGGGAUGGAUAUGGGGUUCACCUGGGUGCUGGGGACAAGGGUCCGUUGUAUGGCUCAAGUUCUGCUUCAAGGGCUGGGCUUGAGAAAUCUCGCAUGACACGUCAUUGA